CAAGAAUUCCAAUUUAUGCUAAGCAAUCAUUGCUUAAAAGACGUUUUCAAAUUCUUUCACCUAUUAAGCAAAAAUUUGAGACAAUUGAAAAUUCAUUGAUAAGUAAAGAGAAGCCCGUAGUUAACAUCACAGACAAAAUGAAUUCAUUUAAAAAAUCCUAUUGGAUAGAUGAUUUAAUCAAUCAUGUUAAAACAAAAUUAACAAGUUCCCAAAGGAAUUCUAACAGUGCCGGAAAAGUUCCUAAAAGGGAAUUGAAAGUAAGAAAAAUGACGGAUUCUUAUGAAGAAGAAAUUUUACCAUUUAAAAGUGAUCCUGAAUUAUUGGAAGAAUAUGUAAAUCCGUAUGGUAGUAUCAGGAUUGGAAAAAUAUUUGAAAACUUGGAUUUGUUAGCGGUACAAAUUGCUUAUAAACACUGUUCUAUUGAAAUGGAACAAAAUUCUGAUUUAACUAUUGUGACAGCUUCACUUGAUAGAUUAGAUUUAAUUAAACCCUUACCUAUAAGCGACAUAAGACUUAGUGGUCAUAUAACUUAUGUUGGUUAUAGUUCCAUGGAAGCGUUAAUAAAGAUAGAAGCAUUAAAAGAUGAAAAGUCCGAUGAUGAUCAUAUAAAAGGAGACACGUUAAUGAUGGCAAGAGUU